GCUAUCAAGAACGAAGAGUUUGGAGAAGUCUUGAAUAUCUUGAAGUUGGAGAAUCAGUCUAUUGGUCUUAUCUUUGCUAAUUUGAUCAUAGUCAAUCAUUUGAUUGUUAACUUGAACGGCCAUGCUGAGCUUAUUAACGAAUUUAUCCUACUCAGCUUGAAGUUCUUUGACAUAACCAAUAUCGAGUUGAAGAUCAUCCUUGUGAAGAACCUCAUCAAUGUGUACUACAACUAUCUGGUUCUACUAAACGAAAAUAUUUCGUUAAUCUUGCCUAAAUUAUUUGAUGAGUUAAAAGCGUACGAUGAGUUCAAAAAAAUCAUUCCAAUGGGUCCUUACAAGUAUGUAAUUGACCAAGGAUUGGAAAUUCGGAAAUUGAUCUUUGAGUUGUUGUAUUCAAUUAUUGGUGACGCUAGUAUUUCCAAAGACUUGGAUUACUUGACUAAUGAAAUUGUUGCAAAGGGAUUGACUGACAAGGAGUUUGAUGUUGUAAACUUGAGCUACACCAGUUUAUUGAAAUUGAUACACUUGAACAUCGAGUACUUAAACAACUUUAGUAAUGUGGAUGGAUUGAUUAACAACUUGACGGUUAAUUUGAAUAAGAAGUUGAAAACCAAGGCCACUAGUCAGGAAAUCGAGAUUUUCCAGGAGAGUCAGAAGAAUUUGGUUAACUUGCUGAAUAAGAUUAACGAUGUUUUGCUGAAAUACAACUGGAGUUAUAACAAUUGGGAUGUUUACUAUAAUGCUGUGAAGAAGUUGGGAGACUUUUAGGAGGCAGCAACUAUAGUAGGAUAUCACCGAAUUGUAUUCUUACACUGAGUAUCACAAGAUAGAUUUGUUUGGUACACAUUAUAUACUACUUUCACAAUAAUAUUAUCAAUUACUUCUUUCCUAAAUCACCUUCGGUCUUUCCAAGCUCACCUUCAGUUUUAGCAACCUUACCUUCAGUUUUAGCAACCUUACCUUCAGUUUUAGCAAGUUCACCUUCAGUUUUACCAACCUUACCUUCAGUUUUACCAAGUUCACCUUCGGUUUUACCAAGUUCACCUUCAGUUUUACCAAGUUCACCUUCAGUUUUUCCAAGUUCACCUUCAGUUUUUCCAAGUUCACCUUCAGUUUUACCUACCUUACCUUCAGUCUUUCCAAGUUCACCCUCAGUUUUACCUACCUUACCUUCGGUCUUUCCCUCAGUCUUGCCUACCUCAGUCUUUGCAAAUCCUUCAGUCUUUCCGAUAUCACUAGCAUCGCCCUUCUUGCCGCUUUGCUUCUUACCAAUUGAUCCUAAUUCUCCAAAGUCUCCCAUGUCGAUGAGUUGCUAAAUUUCGCGAAACCCUAUGACUUUGAUUGUGGUGGACUUCGAUGAGACCAUCACCGAACAUGACACAAUUCUGUUGAUCAGCCAAAUUCCAUAUACAACAGACCCCACCAAAACUCCACCGUUCGAGUACUUCACAAAUGUGUACUUGCAAGCCCUAGAAAAAUACCGUUCAGUUGCCAACAUACCUAAAAGUAUGGCAGAGGAAAUCGAGUACCAGAAAGGUAUGAAGUCGGUGGAAAUGUCGUCUAUCAACGAAUUAGAACGUCACCAACUCUUUAAUGGAAUCACCAAACAAAGCCUAGCCGAGCAGGCGGUGAAAGUGAAAGUAAAGCCCGGAUUUUCCAAGUUUUUGUCCAUAUGCUCAUCUCGUCAAAUCCCUGUGAAAAUUCUUAGUGUCAAUUGGAGCUCGGUACUAAUUAGAGGGGUUUUGGCUGGGUUAGGAUACGAGUUGGACGUGAUGGUGAAUGAGCUCCAGUUCGACGGCCACAGCGUUUGUACGGGUCAUUUCGACCCAACUAUCAGUGUGCGGACCGGCUACGACAAGUACAUGGCCAUUGAACAAUUAAAACGCCAGUACCACAACCAGAAGCUCAUUUACAUUGGUGACAGUCGCACGGACUUGCUUGCCCUUUUAGCAAGUGAUAUGGGUGUGAUUAUGGAAUCUGGAAGUCUAAUUCAAAAGCUUCCGUGGGACAUUGAUGUGCGGCAAUUAAGUGGCGGGAGUGACAUACACGGACUCUACACAUCAAAUUGGUACCAUAUAAACGAAUUUUUGGAAUUAAAUACUAUAUAAUACAAAUCAAUGCAUCUUUUACAAUAGACUGAGACAAAUUUUCUUCAAAUGCUGCUAAUUUACAAUGCUAAUGGAAUAAAGGCUGAUGCGUAGGUUAUUGUCUCCAGUAAGAGUAGUUGGGGACCUGAGAAUAGAAUUGGGGCGGCGGAGGUCCCAUGGGUAACGGGUAGUUGCCUCUGGGGGGAUGGCCCUGGGGUGGCUGAGGAAGUUGCUGGGGCCCUGGGGUGGACUGAAAUCCCUGU